UGCAUGUGGCGCGAUAUGGGAAACGGUGGAAAAUAGUUUGACAGCAGGAGAGCCGAAGAGAUUGUUGUCGUUGUUUGGCUCUCCAUCUAUCCAAACAACAUGUUUUCUACAGAGCAAAGCUGCUGGUUUGUCCGCAAGGUGAUUUGCUGGAGAGCGGUGGCCAGUAUUGCUUGGGCUGUCCUGUUGUUGCUACCCAUCACAGUGGUUUUUGUAAUCCUCAGCAGGUUCAGUCUGCUCCACCCCAUCCAGACAAUAUCCGAAUGCCUGUCCUUCUUAUCGUGUGCAAGUGCCAUCUUCUCAUUGAUCCUGCUGUGUGGAGUGAUCAUCAUGGUGGGGUUCCUGAACCUGGAGUAUUAUACAGUCAUCCCAACUAUUGCAUGCUCAAAAAUUGCCCUGUUGGGUCAGCUGCUCCACCCUCGUCAGUUUGUCAACUCCCUGGCCCACUGCAUCAUGGGAAUAAUUGUGGCCUGGUGUUGCGCUGUCACUAUCGGGGGCAGAUACGAGACGAUCGGCUACCCUUGCACACAGGGUGAUGGCACUGACGGUUCCCCUCAGAUGUGCCUGAAUGAAUAUCACCUCUUCCUUCUGCUGGCUGGAGCCUUUGUUGGGUUCUCUCACAGUCUGCUUGGCGUGAUCUACAACAUGAACUAUGUCUCUUUUCACACUGUUCAGCAAUACAAAUACCUUCGCUUUAAAGGAUCCCUACCUUUGGUGGUGAAGUGCAGCGCCGCUCAAGCACUUUACUCUGUCAGGAACUACAUUGUUGUGUAUUUCUUUUUGGGAUACAUUCCAAAAGCAUGGAUUUGUAAAACACUGAAUCUUCAUUUGAACAGCUCUGUCCACCCUCUGGACAGCGUAGCUGGACUGCUGGACCUCUCCCUGCUCUACCACCAGUGGAUCAGUGCCAGCUUCCUUCUCUUCACGUGGCACAUCACACUGCUGCUUUUUAGGAUAUUUGUCACUGAGGUCUACAGUUUUCCUGUGCAGUCAUCUUUUACUGAGGACGCCCAUCAGUGUCUUCCUAAAGUUCUGACGGACAAGCAACCAAUGAUAUUGAAGUUCCUAGCUCUGCAGGACUUGGCUCUGCUGUCUCAACACUCCCCAUCAAGACGCUGUGAGGUCUUCGGUCUGAGUCAGCCAGGUGGCCAUCCUCACAACUGGAACGCCAUCACUCAGGAGUGUCUGUCUCUGCUGGCUGAUCUGACCCAGAGACUCAUAGCCUACCAUGACACUGUAGCACCCAAUGGCAGGGCCAAAUCACUGUCUACUGGGAGUGACAGGAAGACCUCGUCUGAGACGUCAAUAACCUCGUGCCCAGAAGAUCUGAUGAGCCCGAGGCCCACUUUACUUAUGAAGACUCCCGCUUCUGUCUUCGCACGCUCCAUUGUCGGCGCCCCACAGAGUCCUCUGACGGCACCAUUCACUCCUGACCUGGACAGCCCCUUUGCUUCUCCCGCCCUGCGCCGGCUCACUGCUCCUAUGGACCAAUUCUCGCCAGGGUUUGGCACAGUGCAAAGCCCACACAUCAUGAGGAGAGCCCCAAAGCUCUGGUCCACCCCCACAGAUUCACAGGUCAAUGGCAGUCCCCCGGCAUCCCCUGCCUCAGUUCCCAGUCCCAAGCAGGAGCCGUCCAAACCAAGUCGCCUGGCUCAGUUCCUCCAGAACAGAAAAGAACAGGUUAAACAUUUCUUGGCCAAACGCGUGCUGAUAAUGUAUUUGUUUAACAAGCUUCCAGAAGCUUCCAGUCAAGCUCUGUUUGCAGACAGCCAGGCUCACAUCUGGGCUUUAGAAGGGCUGUCUUACCUUGUUCAAGCCUCCUUCUCAGAAGACCAGUUUGGUGUUGUACAGACUACGUUACCCAGCAUUCUCGGUUGCAUGCUGGUCUUACAAGAGGCAGUAGAUCGACACUUCAAGCUGCCUCAUGCCUCCAGUAAGCCCGUCAGGUCGGCCAGCAGCAUGGGAGAGUCCGCUCACAAAACACUGCGCUUUGCUCUCAGGGCCACUCUCAAGACUGCCAUCUACAGGUUAACAACCACUUUUGGAAAUCACUUAAAUGCUGUCCAGAUGUCUGCAGAGCACCGGAAAAGAUUGCAGCAGUUUCUGGAGUACAAGGAAUAACACGACUGUUGUGCUGUCAGAUUCUUAUUGUGAUGUGUGCGAGUGUAUACAUUAGCAUAAUUGAGGCAACACGUGAAAGCCCAUGGUAGUGCCUCUUUUAAUAUUUCUGUCUGCACUGUGUCAUUGCGGAUUGUAUCUGAUGGGCUAGAUCACGUCUCCGACACGAGGGCUUCCUGCCCAACUGACAGACUCAAACAGGUUGGAAGCUGUUUCCUCCUGUGCUUGAGAGAUUUAAACUAGCUCACUGUGUAGAUAAGCAACUCAUUCCAAAAGAUAUUUGCUUUAUUUGUAUUACAAGGAAGCCAUAUCAGGUGAUCAUAUUUGACUUUCAUGAAUUGUGAUGAGUUGUAAAGGGCUAUUUGCGCUGCAUCGGUUCUAAAUUAUGUACAUGUUCUUUUGGCUGUCUUAUGGAAUUCCUUACCGUGUGAUUUCAAAGCAUUUUGCAUUUGUUGUGAGUGAGACGGAUAGUAUGAGAGGUCAGAUUCAUGAGAAAGAUGCUGUGUUCUCUUUCGUUUCACAGGUGUCUGAAAUGUGUUCUGGAAAUAUAUAUAUAUAUUUUUUACAACUCGUUUUGUUCUAAACACCAGCCUGAAGAACUAGUUUACUGUAAUCUGUGCACGUCAGUUCAGGUUCUCCAACUAGAAAAUACACCACAGUCAGAUUUACAGAUCAGACACCACUGUUUGUACAUGUCAACUAUUUGUGUUUGUCGGCUCUAUUCAUGUGAAAUAAGGCUCUUUCAUGUCUGAUGGAGAUUUUGGUGUGACUGGCAACAAGUGUGGGGAAUCUGCCAACAAGUAUUGAGUUUAAAUUCCCACUCGGAGAUCUGUUGAAUAAAAACAUCAUGUUAAGAUCA